CAAGUGGUGUAACUGUUUCGCUCACAGUUGUCAGUGAAAACGAUGGUUUGAUAUGGAGAAGGAUGGAGUACACUACUCUGGCGACGAGUUCACUCGCCUUCAUACUCUAUCUUAAUACCCUGGAUGCUGAUUUCGCUUAUGAUGACAGUCGUGCCAUACAGAAGAACCAGGACCUACGUCCGGAGACGCCGAUACUCAACGUGAUCUACGACGACUUCUGGGGGACACCUCUAACACACAGUGGGUCACAUAAGUCAUAUCGGCCACUAUGUGUCCUUUCUUUCCGUCUGAACUACUUCCUCGGCGAACUGAACCCUUGGGGUUAUCACCUCGGAAAUGUCCUCCUUCAUGUUGUGGUGACUGCAUUGUUUACACAUUUGGCACGGAUAUUCCUACGCCACACGGUGCCAACACUUGCUGCAGGACUAUUGUUCGCGUGCCACCCGAUCCAUGUUGAGGCCGUUGCGGGGGUGGUAGGGCGGGCGGAUGUUGGAGCCUGUCUUUUCUUCCUUCUCGCAGUCUUAGCUUAUAUAAAGUACGUCCACCAGCGCGAAGUGGGCAACAGUCGAGAAAAGUGUGUGUGGUUUGGACUUGUGGCCUUGUUAACUACAGCUAGUAUGUUAACUAAAGAACAGGGCGUGAUGGUGAUUGCAGUUUGUGCGGCGUAUGACUUAUUUAUUUAUCACAAAGUGACGGUACAGGAUAUCAUUACAUUCAAAUGGAUGAAGAGAAAAGACAUUCUGGAAGGGAUCGUCUUGUUGGUGCUAGUCGGUGUAUCUCUUAUCACAUUCCGCCUUGUGUUCAUGGGGAACAAACCCCCAGAGUUUGCCCCGUCCGAUAACCCAGCUUCCGACUCGGAUAGUCUGUUGACUCGGGCACUGACUUAUUUGCUGUUGCCUUCUCUUAAUUUGUGGAUUUUACUGUGUCCGCGAGUGCUUAGUUUUGAUUGGUCGAUGGACGCUAUUCCAUUGGUCGAGUCAGUGUCAGAUAUACGUAAUGUGUUUUCAUUAGUGUUUUAUUCUGUGUUAUUUUAUAAAUCAUAUUUGUUAAUUUGUGAUCUUCAUAAUAGUAAUAGCCAUACGAAAGUGAGAACGUUCCAGCCACAUAUGAAUGGCAAUGGGUUUACCCAUCAUACACAUUCCGGUAGUCAAAAUAAUAACCAUCACACUCAUAAUAAAAAUAUUACUUUCAUGAAAACGAAACUUUUAUCGUCAAAUCGACGUCCUUCCAACAGCUCGACGGACAGCGAAGACGAGCAAGCGACUGUUGUCAGAAUCUACCGAUCUCAAGACAUUUGUGUUAUGGCUCUGGCACUCAUGGUGUUUCCAUUCAUUCCUGCCACAAAUUUAUUUUUCUACGUUGGUUUUGUGAUAGCGGAGCGAGUGUUGUACAUUCCAAGUAUGGGAUUUUGUCUGUUAGUUGCCCACGGUGGCUAUGUUCUUUAUAAAAAGCUGCAGCGAAAUACGGUGGCACAGAAGGGAUUUGUGGUUGCAUUCGUAGCCCUAGUGGCUCUGUUCUGUGGAAAAACUGUGCUGCGGAAUCGCGUGUGGCAGACGGAGGAGAAUCUGUACAGAUCUGGUGUGUCAGUCAACCCAGCCAAAGCAUGGGGAAACCUAGCCAAUGUGUUAAACAGUCAGGGAAAGAUAGGGGAAGCUGAGACAGCCUACCGCAACGCUCUCAUCCACAGAUCCAACAUGGCUGACACCCACUACAACCUGGGAAUUUUACUUCAAGACCAGAAGAGAUAUGAAGAAGCCAUUGAAAGUUACAAACGAGCAAUACAGUGUCGCCCUAAACUCUCAAUGGCUCAUCUUAACCUGGCCAUUAUUUAUGCCCUGCAGUUGAGGUACGAGGAAGCAGAAAAG